GGGUGAGGAUGCCUGGGUUUUCUCCUGACAGGUUUUGGGGUUCAGAGGGGUGUUCUGGGGGGUGUCUGAGGUCAGGCCCAGCUUGGGCCCUUAACCUGGCAGACACUGGGCUUGUCCGUUCUGUGCCCCCUCCCUGCUCUCAGAAUACCCCACCUGGGCAAAAUUAGCAUAUGCAUAUCAGACAUUUGAAUAUAUUACUGGUCCCAAACAGGCCUCCCUCUGCCCCCCAUCCCCCACCAUUGCAGGGGAUAUGCCCUCACUCUGGGCUCAGGAAGGGGCAGAGCCCAUGGCUGGCUGGGGGAAGGGCAGGUGAGGGUAACGGCAGCCCUGUCGGGUCCCUCAGUAGGGGUCAGAGUGAACAACUCCGGAGGGCGGAAGGGGCGGAGAGCACCACGCGCUGUGGGCGGGAGGGGGCCAGAGCUAGCCCCGCCCCGCCCUCGACGCUACCCCGCCCUCUCGCAGCCCCGCCCCCCGGCGCUCCCAUUGGCUGCCGGCCCCGCCCUCCCGCAGCUCGCCACGCGCCCAGGCCGUGGAACCCGCCCCCCGGCAGAGCGAGGACGGGAGAAAAGGCGGGAAACGAGGCUGCACCGUGACGUACCCGCGCCCCCUCUUGAAGGCGGGUGAUGGCUGUGCCGACCAGGGUGCCGGAGGACGUGGGUGCUGAGCUGCUGGGCCCAGCUGGCGGUGCCUGCCUGCCCCCAUGCCAGCUAACGGAGGAGGAUGCGAGUGCCCACCCUGGCUUGACCAAUCUGCUGCUCGGCCUGACCCCCUAUCUGGACCUCAGCGGGCUCAGCGCCCCCCCUGCUUCUCACCCCCUGCAGGCGGGGAAGGAGCUGCAGCUGCGUCGGGCAGCUUGGCUGCGCUGGGAGGCCCUGCACCGGCUCCUGCAGGAGGCACUGAUGGAGCAGGGAGCUGGCAUGGAGGACGCCAGCCCUGCCCUGCCGGACAGGAAGAUCCUGGAGACGCUGGAGCAGCGGCUGCUGCUGGGGGAGCUGAGCCGCAUCCUGGAGCCAGGCCCUUCGCUGCGUGGCUCCCGGCCCCCCCCUGCUGGGCCUGGGGUGGUGAGUGGGCGUGGGGCGGGGGCGGGCCCAGGGUCAGGAGGAGGGAGCCGCUCUGACCCCUGUUCCCGCAGACCGCGCGGGGAGACGGCGCGCUGCGCCAUGCUCUGCACCCUGGCCGAGGGGCUGGCCGCGGAGCAGCGGCGCCGGCAGGCAGCCCGGAGCCGGCGCCGGGACCUCAUGGGGCUGCUGGAGAGGCAGAGAGCCGCCUACCCGCAGGUUCUCCUGCACUGCCUGGGCCUGCUGCAGCGCCUGGCCCAGGAGCACCGGCUCGGCUCCCAGGCUGCGCUGGACCGCCUCAACACCCACUACCUGGAGGUGAAGUGCAGCGCCAUGUUCCUCAAGAUCCGGCUGGAGGAGCUGAGCGUGCUGGUGGACACCUACUCGCCGGAGAAGGUGGAGGUGCAUCGGGCCAUCAGGGCCAGCCUGCAGGGCGCCGUGCAGCAGCAGGAGCAGGAGCUGGCCACGGCUCGGAAGAUCCUGGCCGCCUACGAGAGCCUGGGGCCCGAGUUCGAGGGGCUGGUGCAGGAGUACGCCCAGCUGUGCGGGAGCAUCGAGAACAAGCGCUGGGCCCUGCAGGAAUUCAACAAGGGCUGUCACUGACGGGGGGCUCGGGCCCCACUUUCCGGGGCUCAAAUAAACAUGGCAAUGGAUCCCCUG